AUGCCUUUGGGCGUGCAUGGACAACGUACUCCAGUGACGGUGGUGAUAAGCACCGAAGAUUGCUUGAUCGUGGUGCUUAAGUCCGUUAGUUGUAUGCUCAAUAUCUAUCGUAGCCCUUUAUCGAAUCGGCUACAUCGAUCUGCAUCUCGUGAGCUAUCACCUCCAUUAAGCCCAAUGGCAGAUCAACUGGCAACUCGUACUUUGCGCGAUUAUUUGACGCCAGAAAGAGGUCCACAUGUCUCCCCCAUAGCCAUUCCCACUUGCACUGCUGCCAAUGCGUUUGCUUUCAAGCCAGAGUACCAUCGGGUUAUACCAGAGUUUCGAGGGCGUGAAUUGGAGGAUCCCUAUGCUCACAUUCAGGAAUUCGAGACUAUCGUUAGCACCUUUGUGAUUGGGCCGGGACAGUUAGAUCAAGCUCGCCUGAAGUUAUUUCUCUUCUCGCUCAAAGACAAGGCUAAGCAGUGGUUCCAUUCUUUGAAGCCUCGAUCUUUGCUCACAUGGGGGGAGGUGCAAGACGUUUUCACCACCAAGUUCUUUCCGUCUAAGCAGCUUUUGGAUACUAUGGGGAGUGGUGAUUUUAUGGUGAAGGACCCCAACGCCGCUUGGGAAUUUUUAGACGCUUUGGCCGAGAGAGCUCAAACUUGGCAAUACAUUGACCCCGGUGACCAAGCUAUGAGAAAUCAAGGACCGGGAGGCUCUGGUAAGUUUUCGGUGAACGAGCAUAACGGUCUUGAGACGCGGUUGGACGAAUUAUCGUUAAAGUUGGACAAGAUGAAGCUAGAUUCGGUCCAAGUGAAAGAAGCGAAAGAAGUGACGGAGGUUCGCCAAGUGGAAGAAGUUUGUGUCAUUUGUGAGACAGUGGGUCAUUCUACUGACAAUUGCCAUACGAUCCCCGCCCUUCGACACCAUUAUAAUCAACUUCCCGAAGAAAAUGAGGCAGGCUCGUCAACUUUUCAAGGUCCUCGUCCUUCUCAGAACCAAACAUGGAGGCAACCUCAAUUUCAAGGUCCACCCCGUUUUCCUGCCAUCCAAGGCCCGCCAGGAUUCAUACCACCGGGCCAAUUCCAAGGGCAAAACCAAUUUCAGCAUAAACCAGCACCGCCUCCACGAUGUUCUUUGGAGGAAACUCUGAAUGCAUUCUGUCAAAUGCAAACGACCACCAAUGAGCAAACUGCUCAAGCGAUGAACGACAUAAGGAAUCAAGUGGGUAAAUUAACAACGGCUAUUGGUGUGUUGCAACAAGAGAAAGGCAAACUUCCUACUCAACCUUUGGCAAACCCUCAAAGUCAAAAUUUGCUUGGAAGCUCUUCGGUGAAUUUCCCCAAGCAAGCCAAGGCUAUUAUUUCUUUGAGGAGUGGGAAGAUUGUGGACAAUGCCCAAGUGGAGCCGCCGGUGAUGACAAGUUUACUACCGUUUCCGGUACCAUUAAAGCCAACAACGCCAAAUAGGGAAUCUCCCAAGCUAGCUCUUACGGAGAAAGAGAAGGGAAAAGCCAAAGAAGUUGAGGUUCCACAAGCUUUCACUGUUCCCGCUCCAUAUCCUAAUCGACUAAAGUCGCUUGCCAAGCCAAAUCUGAACAGCGAUAUCUAUGAAGUUCUUAAGCAAGUUACGGUCAAUCUUCCUUUGCUUGAUGCUAUUAAGCAGAUUCCAUCGUACGCCAAAAUUUUGAAGGAGUUGUGCACACAAAAACGGCAACUCCAAGUGCAAAAGAAGGUGUUUUUGACCGAACAAGUAAGCUCACUCUUCCAGUCCACCCUGCUGCCCAAGUAUAAUGAUCCGGGGUGUCCUACGAUAUCUAUCACUAUUGGGGGAAAGGUUGUUGAGAAAGCUCUCCUUGAUUUGGGCACAAGCGUGAAUCUCCUGCCUUUCUCAGUCUACCAACAGCUCGGGUUGGGGGAAAUGAAGCCGACUCGGGUGACUUUACAAUUGGCGGAUCGGAGUAUCCGAGUUCCCAAGGGGAUGGUCGAGGACGUGCUUGUUCAAGUUGACCAGUUCGUGUACCCGGUCGACUUUGUGGUUCUUGAUACGUGCCCGGUACCAGUGGCUCAAUCAUCCGUUCAGAUCAUUCUUGGCUGCCCAUUUUUAGCAACAUCCGAUGCCAUCAUUCAUUGUCAGGAUGGCCGACUGAACAUGAGUUUUGGCAACAUGAAGAUGUAA